UGACGGCUGCCGGCGAUGGCAGCAGAGGAAGUAGAGGAGGUGGAAGGGGAGGAGAAGUCGAAGAGCCAUUCUACCUCGCGCGGGGCUCACAUCGGGGCGCGGCUGUUCUCAUCCUCCCAUCCCCCACAAAGACACGAGCAUCGCGGACCCCACGCGUGCGCUCCUCGCAAUCAUCCCCUCCUGCUCCCCCCCCUCCACCAGCACCACGUCCCCCUGCUCCUCCUCUACCAGACUCCUCCUGCACGAGCGCCAUUGGUCGCUAGCUCCUUGGCGCUUCCACGCGUUCGGCGGAGCAGCGUGGGGCGAGCGCGCGCGAGUCGAGACCGCGCCUGUCACGCGCGUCCCUCUCCUCCUCUCCCUCUCCGCUCUCUUCUCUCUCCGCUCUCUCCCCCAGCCUCUCUCACUAACACUCACAUACACACAGAGCUCUCGCUCUUACACAUGCGCGCGCGUGCACAUCUCUGUCGCUGAGACUCACACGCGCACAUGCACAGAGCUCUAUCUUUCUCGCACACACAAACACACAUGCACACAACUCGCUGUCUGGCUCUCUGUUUCUCUCUCUCGGUGCACGAGGCGUGAAGAUUUAUUCAUCGCGAUUCUGCGACUGAACAAGAACCAAAGCGAUUCUGGGAACCAGGCGCAUUGAUCGCCCAGAUUCGCGGCGCCCGCGGUGUUGACGCACACGCGUGGUGGCAGAUGCUGGGAGAGACAAGCAGCCGAGGUGGCUCAGAGGUCAGAGGCACCGAGCCAGCACCGCCGACAAAACCUGGGUGGGAGUCAGGGAAGCGGAGACCCCGGAGAUAAUCCGCCGCACGCGCGAGGAACUAACACGCGGGAGUUCCACGCUGAUGCGAUCGUGAGCGCCGCUCGACGUACCGCCUUCUCCUGGCCACCUCGCAGCUGCAGCGCGGUUGGGAAUAGCGGAGAGAGCGGCUUGGAAUCGGCUUGCGUCACGGAGCAGGAAGGGAUGAGGUGACCGCAUCUUUGCCUCCUUCAGGCUCAUCAGCACCGCGAAGCCGUGGGCUGCUGGCGACGGGGAGCAGCCUCCCUCAGACGCCCGGAGACAUCAAUCUCAGACUCUGGAGCCUUCAGGACCAAUGCGUCCCAGCCGCGUUCGCUUGAGCAAGGAAAGCCCUGCGCCGGCAUCGACUUCACCGAGCCUCAUCAGCAGGGCGCGGCCCGCGAGACGAAUCGCCCGCGCGUGACGGCGAAUCCGAGAUGACGCCUCCGCCAUCCCCGCUGCUGCUGCUGCUGCCCGUGCUGCUGCCCUUCCUGUCACUGUGGCUGCCGGCGUCUGCGCCCGCCUGCCCCCCCGACUGCCCCGGCGGCUCUGCCCCAACGCUGUCGGCACAGCCGCCGUCGUUAUCAUCCACGUCGUCGUCGACGACAUCAUCGUCAUCGCCAGCAGCAGAAGCAGCUGCCGGCUCGACAGGAGAGCAGCAACAUCAGCUCCUCGACGAUCUCCAAUAUUUCCAGCACCACCACCACCACCACGACGACGAUGACGACCGCUACCAGCAGCGCGAUGAGACCUCGGCGGACACCAAGAUGACUCGGCAGCAAGAGCAACAGGAUUCGGCUGCGACCAAGCAGCGUCGCGGCCACGGCAAGGGCUCGCGCAGAAGGAGGAAGCGUCUGCAAGACGACCCGAGCCUCAGCCGCCGCCUGCCGCAAACCAUCAUCAUCGGCGUCCGCAAGGGCGGGACGCGCGCGCUGCUCGAGAUGCUGAGCCUCAACCCGGCGGUCGUGACGGCGGAGACGGAGCUCCACUUCUUCAACCGCGACGAGAACUUCGCCCGUGGCCUCGAGUGGUACCGCCAGCAGAUGCCGCCCUCCCGGCCCGACCAGGUCACCGUGGAGAAGACGCCCGCCUACUUCACUGCGCCGCAGGUGGCGGCGCGCAUGGCGGGCUACCACGCGCCGUCCGGAGGGAACGUCUCCGCGUUGCGCCUCCUGCUCAUCCUGCGCGACCCCGUGGAGCGCAUCCUCUCCGACUACACGCAGGUUUUCUACAAUCGCGCCGAGCGGGGGCGCGAGUGCCCCCCACUCCGGGACUUCCUGCUGAGCCGCAGCACGGGGCGGCUGCGGCCCGACUACAAGGCGGUGAACCGCAGCCUCUACGCAGACCACAUGGAGAACUGGCUGCGCCACUUCCCGCGCGAGCGCCUGCACGUGGUGGACGGCGACCGGCUGAUCCGCGAGCCGCUCGCCGAGCUGGGCCGCGUCGAGCGCUUCCUGGGGCUCGAGCCGCGCAUCUCGGCCGGCAACUUCUACUUCAAUGCGACGCGCGGCUUCUUCUGCCUGCGCGACGCGCGCCGCCGCCGCUGCCUCGACGACUCCAAGGGGCGGCCGCACCCACGCGUCGACGGCGCUCUCCUCGAGCGCCUGCGCCGAUUCUUCCGCGAGCCCAACCGCCGCCUCUUCCGCCUGCUCGGGCGCACCUUCGACUGGCCCUGAGCCGCCCGUCCACCGCCGCCACCCACCCCCCACCACCACCACCACCCUCCUCCCCUACCCCGGCCGUCGCCCCCCAUCCCUGUGCCGCACCGCCCCCCAAGAGGGAUCGGUGGCGACCGCUCGCCCGGCCGCUCGCUCGCCCCCUCCCGUCCGUACGGGAACGGGACGACGAUCGGCGUGGGAGAGGGAACCGUCGACGGGGUGCGGAUUUUUUGCCCGCGGUAGAAACCGGUUGGGCGGGAAGCGAGGACACCGCCGGGAUGGUUACGCCGAAUGGUUGAUUGGCGGGAAGGAGUAAACCGUUGCGGCGCUUAUCCACAUUGGAACUUUUAUUGACGCAAGGGAAAAACCAACUGUUGUUCCAUUUAGACGCCAGCCCGGCCCCCCGCCAGCCCCCUUACCCCCAUUGCCGGAGCCUGGAUCGGUGUCGGAAACCAGCGGAACGGUGGCUCGUCGCCGCUGAGCAUGCGGCCAUAAUGGCCGUGACGGCCGUGUUGGCCGUGACGGCCGUGUUGGCCGUGACGGCCGUGUUGGCCGUGACGGCCGUGUUGGCCGUGACGGCCGUGUUGGCCGUGACGGCCGUGUUGGCCGUGACGGCCGUGUUGGCCGUGACGGCCGUGUUGGCCGUGACGGCCGUGUUGGCGGUGACGGCGGCCGGCGUUGAUCUCUCCCCCUUGCCGCGGCGCUCUCUCCGCACCAGCGUUUUUCUUUUUUUUUACACGAACAGAACAACAUUUUCAUCGGUAGAGUUUGAGUGGAGGCCACGGCUUUGUUAAUCGUUCACGCCUCUUACCCCCCGGCACCGCAAUGAAGACAGGAGCCGGAGAGAAGCGAAACAAAACAUGAUCUUCUCCGCGUGGACUCUGAGUGCUGUGCGGACGGUGUUGUUGUCUUAUGUCUACAGUAAGUGACAAACGCGAUCGAUCGACGGGCCGCGCCUCUCCCUGCUUCUCGUGGAGUUUGUGGGCCACCGCGCCUGAGGGCACGCUCAGCGCUCCAGCUCGAUCGCGCUCCUUGCGAGCGUCACAGAAACAGCAAUAAACUAAGCGAGCCGAUUCAGACGGAGGGAGUGAAAAAUAAAUAUUUGAAUAAAGGGAAACGUUUACUAAAGAAGAUAAUUAAUUCGUCGAUAGAGGGACGGGCCCCCACGACACGGCCCAGGAAGUAAAAUGGGUUGCGGAGGAAAGAUGAAAAGCCGAACGGUGCCGUGAAAUGCGGCGCGCGAUGGAAUCGCCGUGGCCUCAUUGAGUGAGAGCAAUAAGAGCGUGCGGUGCGGGACGAAUCUCAAAGUGUCACAGCACCCAGCGUCGCCAACCGUAACUCCCCCUCCCCCCGCCCACCCCACAAGCAACUCUCACGUUAAGUGAAAAUUGGUUUUGCCUUACGCGCCCUGACUACCGGCGGCGCGGAAAGGUUAAGCCGGUGAGAUAAUGAAUGGAGUCAUGAUUUGCCUGCAAGAUGUUCUCUGGCGGCAGUUCGGAGAGGGGACAGGGGAUCUUGUGGCGAUGGGAAGAGCCGCUACCCCCCUCCCCCUUUCCACGGGAGUGCGAGGGGGGGGGGGGGGCCGUCUCUUUUCUGCUGUGAGAGGACGGGUUGGCCCGAUGAGCUCAGGGGGACACUUUUGAGACGGGGCAGAAAAAAGCAAUAUUCCUCCUCCUCUCCUCCUCCCUCUUGGCGCAGCUUUCCUUGAUUGUUCGGAAAAGGGGGGGGGGGGUCGUACGUGUGGGUGUGUUGGCAGUGUGGAUACUCUGAGAGGGCAGUCUGACUUGACAGGCUGAGUGACGGAUGGCUGGCUAACUUGCUGGCCGGUGGAUGCCUGUCAGAGAGGGCGGCUGGCUGGCUGAGUGGCUGUCUGGCUGGGUGGCUGCCUGGCUGGGUAUCUGGUUGAAUGUUUGGCUGGGUGGCUAUCUGGCUAGGCAGCUGACUGGUUGGGAAGCUGCUUUUGUGUCUGGCUGGUAGAAUGACUAGCUGCCUGCCUGCCUGGCUGGUUGGCUGGGCUGCACAGUUCCAGUCAGUAGCAGUGGCGAUGUUCGUUCAACACCGUACCCAGCUCCUCCGUGCGAGUUCAACUUUCCUAGGAGCACAUUCUCCUGCAAUCCCCCUCCACCCCCGUCUACCCAUCCACCAUGGUGAAUAAUGCAUCACCGUCCAUGCAGCGAGACCCUCAUUAGAUGGGAGCCUUGUUGGAGGUGGGGGGGGGGGGGGCGUUGCGAGAAGGAGCCACACUCCCCUCCUCGCCUACGAGAUUUUUGGUUAAGUAGCUGGCGGGCGCAUUAAAAAAUUAUGCAAGCAAACAAAUUACACUGACUCCA